GAGCGCGCGGGCGUGGUGCGGGAGCUGUGCGCGCAGCCGGGCCAGGUGGUGGCCCCCGGGGCAGUCCUGGUGAGGUUAGAAGGAUGCAGCCACCCGGUCGUCAUGAAAGGCCUGUGCGCGGAAUGCGGCCAAGACCUGACCCAGUUGCAGAGUAAGAACGGGAAGCAGCAGGUACCACUGUCCACGGCGACCGUGUCGAUGGUCCACAGCGUGCCGGAGUUGAUGGUGAGCUCUGAGCAAGCAGAGGAGCUGGGGCGGGAGGACCAGCAGCGACUGCAUCGGAACCGGAAGCUCGUCCUCAUGGUCGACCUGGACCAGACCCUGAUCCACACGACGGAGCAGCACUGCGCACAGAUGUCCAAUAGGGGCAUCUUCCACUUCCAGCUGGGCCGCGGCGAGCCGAUGCUGCACACCCGCCUGCGCCCGCACUGCAAGGACUUCCUGGAGAAGGUCGCCAAGCUGUACGAGCUGCACGUCUUCACCUUUGGCAGCCGGCUGUACGCACACACCAUCGCGGGCUUUUUAGACCCUGAGAAGAAGCUUUUUUCUCACCGAAUAUUAUCAAGAGAUGAAUGCAUCGACCCCUUCUCUAAGACAGGGAACCUCAGAAACCUCUUUCCUUGUGGAGACUCGAUGGUCUGCAUUAUUGAUGACCGAGAGGAUGUCUGGAAAUUUGCACCCAACCUGAUAACCGUGAAGAAAUACGUGUACUUCCAGGGCACGGGUGACCUGAACGCCCCCCCUGGGUCCCGGGAAGGUCCACCAAGGAGGAAAGGUGCCGAUGUCUCCGAACAAACCCUGCCUGCUAAAGGCCCCGAAGGAGCCAAGCGUGGGCCUGGGGCCGAGCUGGGCAGCAGCCUCGGGAAGCCUGUGAGGGACACAAGGGAGCUGAAUGGUGGUGAGGUGGGGCCUGUGGCCUCUCCCCAGUGGGACUUGGGCCACCCCAGCAAGGCAGAGGAGAGGGACGCCUGGCCUCCUGUGCAGGCCCCCAGCCAGGAGCCGGCAGGUGCAUCGGUGCCCUCGGGCCCCUGUGAACAGGGUGCUCAGACAGCCCCAGGCAGGCGGCCCACCCAGGGCCCCGAUCUGGACUUCGACCUGUCCAGCGACAGCGAGUGCAGUGAGAAGUCCUCCACGUCUGACAGGGAUGGCGAGGAGCAGAGAGCACGGAGACAGCUGGGGCCUGCUGCCGAUGGAGCGCCCAGUCUGCCGCAGGGGGGGCCCCCGGACGCAGCUGCCGGAGGGAUCCCGGCCCCAGAGGUGGGCACCGAGCCAGACGGACGGGAGGAGGGCGAGCGGGACAGCCCCUGCGGCCUGGGCAACGGCUACGCCGACAGGAAGGAGGCCGAGACCGAGUCGCAGAACAGCGAGCAGUCAGGCGUCACCGCAGGCGAGUCCCUGGACCAGAGCGUGGAGGAGGAGGAGGAGGACGUGGACGAGGACGACCACCUGGUGCACCUUGAGGAGAUCCUUGUGCGCGUGCACAGCCAUUACUACGCCAGGUACGACAGCUACCUGCGCGGGGAGCUCGGCGAGGCCCCCGACAUCCGCCGCAUCGUUCCGGAACUCAGGAGCAAGGUGCUGGCCGACGUGGCCAUCCUCUUCAGCGGGCUGCACCCCACCAACUUCCCGGUCGAGAAGACCCGGGAGCACUAUCACGCCACCGCCCUGGGGGCCAAGAUCCUGACCCAGCUGGUGCUCAGCCCAGACGCACCUGACAGGGCCACGCACCUGAUCGCUGCGCGGGCCGGCACAGAGAAGGUGCGGCAGGCGCAGGAGAGCGGGCAUGUGCACGUGGUGAGCCCCGGCUGGCUGUGGAGCUGCCUGGAGCGCUGGGACAAGGUGGAGGAGCAGCUCUUCCCGCUGCGCGACGACAGCUCCAAGGUGCACAGCUGCACCCGACGCCUGUCCAUCCCGGGGCCCCACCCGGUCCCGAGGUCCGGGUCUACGACUCCAGCACUGGGAAGCUCAUCAGGCCGGCCGCCCAGGGCCCCGGGCCCACGCCGCCCAGCACCUUGCCCGACCACAGGGAGGCCUCCUCCUUCCGAGCUGUUCAGCCCCACCAGCAGCAGACAUUCGGGGAAGAGCCAGCCGACACCCCCAGUGGAGAGCAGCCCGGCCCGACCAGGAGGCGGCGCCAGCCCAGCCUGUCGGAGACCAUGCCGCUGUACACCCUCUGUAAGGAGGACUUGGAGAGCAUGGACAAGGAGGGGCCACAAGAGGAAGCUGAACGAGGCGGACGCGGCCAGCGAGUCCAGCCCGGGGUUCAGCGCCGAGGAGGAGGGCAGCAGCUCGGAGGCCGACGAGAUGGCCGCAGCGCUGGAGGCGGAGCUGCACGGCUUCAUGUGACCACCCUGCCCGCCCCUCGCCGGGUCCCGUGCAGGACGGCGUUCCACAGCAGAGGUGUCUCCACGGAGCUGGAACACAGGAGGGGCUGCUUCCUUCAUGACAGCACGGAGUCGGCGAGCCACGGCUCACGGUGUCCCAGCAGGCGGGGUGUCUCCUUCGGUGCUGCGUCCUGAGGGUGCAGACCCUGGGAGGGCCCAGCGGGCAGGGGAAGCUGCAGCCCUGGCUCCACCUCCCACCGCCAAUCUGCCACGUCCUCAGGGGUUCCAGCAGCACGUCUCCGAGGGGUGGAGGAAUGCCCAGCACGGAGCCUGCUCGGCCUGGGGCUGGCGGGGAGCCCUCCAGCCCCGAGCUCCGGUGUAAAACCCUCGUGUGUCUGUUUGAGAUCCGACCCACCAAACUGAUUUUUCUUUUGUUUUAAUAAAAAUCCUUUUCUAAG